UUCACAGAAGUUUGUCUAGUUGCUCAAAAUCAGCUGUUAGUCUUCAACACACGAAAAAAUGGACAAUUUAGAAGAACAGAAAAAACUGGCUAAUAUAAUUAAAGGAAUUCAUCAAGACUUAAGGAAGUCAAGUAAGCAAGUUGGUGCAGAUGAAGCAUGGUCAAAUCAUUUGAAAAAUAAGGAGAAAUUAGACCUUUAUGCUAAAACUAUGAAGGAAUUAAGUGAAACUCACUGGAAGCAGAAAAAUACAGACGAUUUAAAUGACAGAAUUAAAUGGAUUAUUAGCUAUAGUGAGUUUUACUUCCAAAAGACUGAGCUUGAAAGUUUUCGACAAAAGGAUUUUAAUGUCAUUGAGAAGUUAAGGCAAGAGAAUCAGGUUGACAUUCAUCACUAUCCACAACAUAUUGAAAAUCUUGAGAAACUCAAUGUGUUGGAUGUUGGUUCCAAUGGAAAUUUCUUCAAAAUUCAUGAAAGAUUCCAUUUGACGCCAAUAGACAUAGCUCCAUCAUCCAGCGACUGUUUUUACUGUGAUUUUUAUUCAGUUCCAAUAACUAAUGAUUUAAUACAAGAAAAUCACAGAAUAACAAGCCUUCCAGAGAAUCACUAUGACAUUGUCAUGUUCUGUCUAUUACUUGAGUACCUUCCAACAUCAGAAAUGAGAAUCAAGUGCUGUGAAAAUGCUUAUAAAGUAUUAAAAACAGAAGGAAUCUUGAUCAUCAUCACUCCAGACUCAAGCAGUCAACAUCGAAAUGCAGCACAAAUAAAGAACUGGAAGUGGACAUUAGCUAUGCUUGGUUUUAGAAGAAUUAAAGUUGAGAAGCUUAAAAAUCUCACAUGUAUGGUGUUCAGAAAAUCAUUAUCGAAAGACAUCUCCGUAAGAUGGGCUGAAAAAUACAAGGAACCGUAUAUGGAUUUUAAAUUGGAAAUUCCUCAAGAUAGAAGAGUCGAAACUGAAGAGACACAAGAAGAAAGUAACAGCAUACAGUACACAUAUGAGCCAGAAAUGAUGAAUGAACUACCAGACAAUUUUGAUUGAAUUUAACGGAAAUUUUAAAUUUAAAUUAAUAACGAUAGAUACAAAUUUGAAUGUGCUAAAGUUCAAAAAUUGAACUUGAUAAUUUUGGCGGUAAUUUUUUGGUAUAAAAGCUGAAUUUUUUGCGGAAUAAUUCAGUCGAGCUUCAAAUCCCGAACAGUAAAGAAAUGCGAGUAUAAAUUACUAAUAGCAUUUUUGUUCGAGUUUUGAAGCUCGACUCAAUUUUUGAGUGGAUUUGACUCAAACCGGGUUAACUUCGAACUCUGUUCUACAGAAUAAUAAAAUUAUUGCAAGAUUUAUGCUGAGGAUUUGUUUGUUUUGAAAUAAUAUGUACACAUUGAUAGUUCAGAAAGUGUAGAAGUCUACAUCACGCACAGACAUACAAACCUACAUAUUUACAUUAUUAUUUUUUUGUUUCGUCUGCGAGCAUUAAUAUAUAGUUUAUAAGAAAUUUAAUUUUUAAAUGAAAUAAAGGCUCGAAAAUGAGGAAAUAUCAGCAACUUCUGCUAGUUCUAAUCUCAAUAAUCUCAAUUAGCAUAUUAAUAGUGUAUAAGAGUGAAAAUGAACGAUUAAAUCAUGUAUUAAAUGUCAUAAAUUUCUUCGGUCAAAAAGAUGCAAUUAAUUUAGUGAAAAUUGAAAAUUAUUCAAACUUUUCAUAUCGAUUUGAUUAUCCAUUGCCGAACUGGGUUAAUUUGAAUAAUGAUUUUCAUGGAUAUUCAGCAUUUUGGAGAAAGAAUGACUUAAUUAAAGGUGGGGAGGUCAUAUUAAUUGGUGUCGGGAGUAUUUUAUCUCCUGUAUUAUUUCAGUGCAAAGUCCACUACAGUGAUGAUACAAUAAAGCCUGGAAAGUUUGGAUUUAUGAGGAUUGAAGAAACUGACAUGUCUGAAAAUAAUAUUGAGCAGGAAAAUGAGAAAUAUGUGAUUUAUAAGUUCCUAUGUAAGACACAGGCUGACCACAGCAGUGAACCGAAAAACUUGAUUCUUCUUAAUACUCAGACAAAAACUGAACAUUAUGUACCAAUUAGACAUUUGACAAUUAAGCAGAAACCGAAUAUUGAUAAAUCACUUCUCACCAUCUGUCUAGAUCUGAAUAGCUAUAAUAAAUCCUUUCCUGAUGAAUUCAAUAAUGAUACGAAUGUGAUUCAGUUCUUUUUACAUCAUGAAUUAAUUGGUAUUCGAAACUUUAUCGUUUAUAAUUCGUAUAUUAAUCAAAUGCAUCAACAUGCUAUCGACCUCCUUACUAAUAAAUAUGGUGUACGAUUGAAUGUCUUGCCAUACAACUUCCCAUUUGCCUUAAACAGUAAAAUUAAAAAUCUUUUAAUUAUUGAAGCUGACUGUAAGCUUCGAAGUUCUGGAUUGAGUAAAUAUGUCAUGGUUUCGUCACUUAAUGAUUACAUAUAUCCAUCAGAAAAAAUAUCCUCAAUGCAGUCACAGCUUGUUAAGUUUAUGUCAAGAAGUUCCAAUGAAAUAAAUCGUUUUGGAUUAAGCUCAAAAGCUGUUUGUACGGACGCACAUAGAAAGAUAUUAUCAGAUAAUGAAAAGUACAGCGUGGAUGUAAAGUCCAAAACGUUUUAUAUUGAAAAGAAUGAAUAUCCUUAUAAUAAUAAGGAAGUGAAUGAUAAUAAUAAGAAAAAUAUUGAAAUUGACACGGAUGUUGCUAUUGUUCAUAGAUAUGUCAAGUGUCCAAAAAAAGAUGAUCUUUAUAGCUGGAGGACGACAUUGAAGCAACAGCAUGUAGAAUAUAUCAAUUUCAUAUCGAAGGAACUUAAUAAGCUUAUGUUCUCGAAUAAAAAAUAGAUUUUUAUCAAGUGAUUUCGUUUCCUAAUGCUCAAAUUUUUAAACACCUUCUUCUUAGUUUAGAAUUUUUUUGAAAUAAUUAUAUAUGCC